AGCAGCAGCAGCAGCAUCUCCCUCCCUCUGAUACCUCUAUGCAGCCCACGGGUUCCUGCAGAAUGCUGAGGAGUCACCCGGAGGAGUGCUGCAUCUGCUGCUGCUAACAGAUCAUUACACCACCAUGUCCCUGAGUGAUUAAUCACUGAGUGCUGCAGCUCCGCACACCGGGGCAUGAGGGGGAACAGGAGACUGCUGCGUGUGGUGGUUUAGAGGGCAGAAGAUCUGGAUGUGUCUGCUGGAGCUGUGACCAUCCCGGGGUGUUACUGAGAGAGAGCUGAGCCCAGCCGCAGCGCUGCACACAAUGCUGUGAUAAGGCAGCAAGGCGACACCAGAGAGACAAGGACUCAACAAGCUAUUAAAAUGCCAGAACAAAGUAACGAUUAUCGAGUGGUUGUGUUUGGCGCAGGAGGUGUUGGAAAGAGCUCUUUGGUCCUACGUUUUGUAAAGGGGACAUUUCGAGACACAUAUAUUCCCACCAUUGAGGAUACAUAUCGACAGGUAAUCAGCUGUGACAAAAGUGUCUGCACCCUGCAGAUUACGGACACAACCGGAAGCCACCAGUUUCCAGCCAUGCAGCGACUCUCCAUUUCCAAGGGCCAUGCCUUCAUUCUGGUGUUCUCCGUCACCAGCAAACAGUCUAUUGAGGAGCUGAAGCCAAUCUAUCAGCAGAUUCUGCAAAUCAAAGGGAACAUAGAGAGUAUUCCGGUUAUGUUAGUGGGAAACAAGUGUGACGAAACACAACGUGAAGUGGAUUCAAAAGAAGUGGAGGCAUUAGCCAAAGAAUGGAAAUGUGCCUUCAUGGAGACUUCAGCCAAGAUGAAUUACAAUGUGAAGGAACUUUUCCAAGAGCUACUAAAUUUGGAGAAAAGGAGGAACAUGAGUCUUAAUAUUGAUGGCAAAAGGUCCAGCAAGCAGAAGAGAGCAGACAAAAUAAAAGGGAAAUGCAGUCUCAUGUAAGCAAUCAGAAUACUGGUGCAUCCAUUUCAUACAUUCAUAUGCACAGUUAUGCCAGAGUUUCUUUGCUUUUAAAGAGAUGAUUCAUGUCACUUGCUGCAUUCUAACACUGUGACUGCACAGGCAUACAGACACCGCCUUGCACAUUCAUUGGGCAGCAACUGCAGGUUUUGCUUUACAGUAUGUCCAAAUGUCAUGCGUUUUAUUUUUAAUGGAGGUAAAAUCUGACAGAAGAAUACAGUUUUUCUCCAAUUUUAUUUUAGUUAAAAAAAAGACAUUGGUACUGUGAAAACAUCUGUUCUGCUUCAUCAUGCUGAUAUAACAGAAAUGAUCCGCCUACCAGAUCACGGCUGACUAUUAGCUGUAUGAUGAAAAAUGUAAAUGUAGAAUUCCCUCAGUUCCUAUGAAAGGGUCAUGUAUCGGGAGAAAAUGGCUGGUGAUUGUGCCCUGGUCAAAAAUGAGAUGUGGCAAGCAGCACAAACACAACAGAGUACAGCAACAGCUUCCACAGCAAAGAAGUACAGUUCUGGCAGAGGUGUCCCAAAAACAAGGGAGUAAAAAAAACUACAACUUUAGAGAGGAUUUGAAAAAUGAAUGUACCUGCUCCACACCCGGAUUCUGAAGCAUUAUACGGUUCACAUCGUAAACUAAAAGAAGUGCAGUUCAAGAGAAGAUGUGUGUGGGGCUGUGGUAAUCAUUGGAUGAGCAUAAUGUGGUGUAGCAUGGAUUUUAAUAGCCCAGGAAUUUACAGAUUAGAAGUACAUAAUCAUUUUUCAAUUCUACACAGAGGUUGACUGUAUAAAUAGGAGAUAUAACUAUAUAAUAAAUAUAUAAACAUAUAAUGCCACUUACACUCUGAAUAACACAUCCUCCAUAAUACAGGAUAGAUAUAUAUAUAUAUACACACACACACACACACACACACACACACACACACACACACACACACACACACACACACACACACACACACACCAGUAGACAGCUACUAUUAUCCAUUAUGUUGUGUGGAAUUUAUUUUCAAUCUCAAUAUCCAGAAAGGUAAAAGCAGCAGUGUGUUUUCCAGACAUGGCCCUCUAUGGCUUGCUAUGGCACCUACCUACCUUCAGACCCCUUAAACACAGUAUUGUGUGAUGUAAUUGUUUUAGUGAAAUGCCACCCACAACAUAUAUCUAUAACUUAUAUGCAUAAUUUCCUGUAAGAAACAUGGACAUCACUGACCUACAAUAGAGACACCAAGAAACAUACAUACAUACAUACAUACAUACAUAAAUACAUACAUACAUACAUACAUACAUACAUACAUACAUGUAUUGUAGCCCAGGAUAUCAUUCUUAUACGAUUCUUUGCAUUCUGUAAGCUAACAAGAGGUCAUGGUAAGUCAAAUGAAAGAAAACCCUGUGUUUAAAGCUGUACAAUUCCUGGCAAGAUUAUAUGAUAUUGUUUGUUGCUAAAUUUGACAUAAUGUGAAUGUGUAAAUGAGAAGAAAUAACAACCUCUACAGGGUCCAACGCAUAAACAUAAGAUGUUUAUGCAGGUUAUAAUGCACAACUACAAAUUGGGAUACAGACUGAAAUAAAAAAAAAGAAAUUAAACUAUUUGGGAGCCUUUCCAAUUGAUUCAUUAAUAUGUUUUUAAUUCUUAAAAACUUGAUUGAUUUUUAGGCCAUACAUUAAAAUAAGGCCUAACAUUAAAAUAAGGCCUAAAUAAAAAGUAUCUUCGAACAUUCUGCUUACUAACAACCAUGGGUAUUUUUACGUGUUUGAGAAGGUAUAAACAUGUUGGCAUUUCCUCAAGUAGAGACAUUAAGAAAUCUGAGUAAAGAACGACUAUUUAAGUGAAAGAAAGUUAUGAAAAGAAAAGCUAUGACAGAACUGCUCAUACCCAGUGAUGAAUGGCCAGUGACCAAUCAUUACGAAGACCUGCAGAAGGAUAGUUGCCGCCCACCGGGGAGUGUAUUUUAGCUGUGCAAGCGUGCGAUCGCAUGUGCAGCCGAGCGGUACAAAAAGAUCUUGUGCAGUUUCUGAGGGGUGUGGUUCGUUUUAUCGACAGUAUCUAGGUCGACAAUGUUUAGGUCGACCACUAU